GCUCGGGUGUAAGACACGGUCAUUUAACCAGCGGCAUCUCCCACUCUCGCUCGCUUUGAUCGUGUCAGCUCCACAUCCACGCCCCCCUACACCCUUCCCGACUCGCCAUCAACAUCGCCGUCGCCAUCGCCAUCAACCAUGUCCAAGACUGUACGACCCGUUGAGAGUGUCUGGAAUUACCCUCGCCCGCCUCGCCUGGAGCCUACAUCGUCGCGCCUUCGCGUCAUUUGGGAGAGCAAGGACGGCGGAGAGAAGCGCACCGUGGCUGAGACAACAAAGGGGUACAGAGUGCUUGAGACUAGCCAUCCACCCACGUACUACUUUCCACCCUCCUCCAUCGACAUGAGCUUACUGCGCCCCUCGACGGCUCGCAGAACGAUGUGUGAAUGGAAGGGCCAAGCUACGUACCACGACCUCGUCUUACCGAGCGACAACUCCACGAUCGCGGCACGAGGUCGUGCCUGGUCUUACCCGGAACCCGUGCCGGAAUUCAAGUCGAUCAAGGACUACCUCUGCUUCUACGCCUCGCCCCAGUCCAAAGUAGGCACGUGGCGCUGCUACGUAGACGACGACGAGGUGACGGCACAGGAGGGCGACUUCUACGGCAGCUGGGUCACACCGGAGAUCACGGGUGGGGAGAGAGGGUUCAAGGGUGGGCCAGGCACGAUGGGUUGGUGAGAACAGCUGAGGGAGGCAGGCCCUUGCGCGUCCCGCUUCAAUCUCUGUAUAUGAUCACCAACGUCCUGCCUCCAAUGAAUCUAUGGGUUGACGAAUCACGCCGAAAGAAGAAUGGAAAAUUUGGAUACGAUUCCGUGCAAAGAUAGAUGAACACACAUUUGAAAAGGCAAGCAGAGGG